CAAUACAACUGUCAGCGGUUCUUGGAGAUAGGACGGGCAUUUCCACACAGUUUUUAUUUCUUUUCUAGCAUAUUUUACCAAUUUUCUCAUUGAGUUUUCCAUAUUUUGUGAAUCUUUCCGGUUGCAAAUAUGACCCUAAACGAGUCUCAGUCGGGGGGCGAUCCGACGCCCCACUUUACCGCUCCCGUAAUCCAGGACAACCCCACCGGAUGGGGCCCAUGUGAACUACCCGAACAAUAUAAAGAUAUGCCUUAUCAGCCGUUCAGCAAGGGAGACCGUUUGGGCAAGAUCAGCGACUGGACCGGAGCUGCUUUCCAAGAUAAGAAAUAUGCUAAUAAAUAUGCAUCUCAGUUUGGCUCUGGAAGCCAAUAUGCAUACUAUCAUGAAGAGGAUGAGAGUACAUUCCACUUGGUAGACACGACAAGAGUGCAAAAGCCCCCAUACCAAAGGGGGCGCUUCAGAGCCAACCAGAGAAACAUGCGAGGGGGUCGCGGUGGGCGUAAUAACGUGCAGAGUGGAGGUAUGCAGUCGCUUGGCAAAGGUCUUAAGGCCAGGGACAGUUAUAAGAAGAGUCAAGUUAGGAAAUGGGGACAAGGACGUCCUCAAAUCAAAAUCAGGGAUGCCUCAGUUACCGUUAAGCCAGAUUGGUCUACAAUCGAAGAAAUGGACUUUCCCAGGCUGGGAAAACUGUCUUUGCCCAACAUCAAGGAAGGCGAAGAUGUCGUGUGCUGUGGCGAACUGGAAUACUAUGACAAAACUUAUGAUCGUGUCAAUGUCAAAAAUGAGAAACCUUUGCAAAGCGUUAACCGCAUCUUUCAUACUGUUACAACCACCGAUGACCCGGUUAUUCGAAAACUUAGCAAAACCGAGGGAAAUGUUUAUGCCACCGAUGCUAUUUUGGCCACUAUUAUGUGUUGCACCAGGUCUAAUUAUUCAUGGGAUAUUGUUAUUGAGAAAAUUGGUGACAAACUGUUUUUUGAUAAACGUGACAAUACGGAGUUCGACUUAUUGACUGUCAACGAAACGUCAGUGGAGCCCCCGCAAGACGACGGCAAUUCCUUGAACUCGCCCCGGAACCUUGCUCUCGAGGCCACUUUUAUCAAUCAUAAUUUCAGCCAGCAAGUAUUAAAAUCCGGUGAAAAAGAACCACGUUACAAGUUCGACGAACCAAAUCCCUUUAUUUCCGAAGAGGAAGAGGGUGAGGUCGCUAGUGUCGCUUACAGAUAUAAGAAGUGGGAUUUGGGUGGUGGAAUAACUUUAGUGGCGCGUUGCGAGCACGACGCGGUUGUGCAAUCGCCGAACGGUGAGCUGCAAUUUUUGACGAUAAAGGCGCUAAACGAGUGGGAUUCCAAGUUGGCCAACGGAGUGGAAUGGCGGCAAAAGUUGGACAUUCAACGUGGAGCCGUUUUGGCCAAUGAGCUGAGGAAUAACGCGUGCAAAUUGGCCAAGUGGACGGUGCAGGCUCUGUUGGCUGGAAGUGAUCAGAUUAAAUUCGGUUAUGUGAGUCGUGCUCACGUGAGAGACAGCAGCAAACACGUGAUUUUAGGCACCCAACAAUACAAACCGGCCGAAUUCGCCACCCAGAUCAAUCUGAACAUGGAUAACGCAUGGGGUAUUUUAAGGUGUAUUAUUGAUAUCGUGAUGAAGCAAAAGGACGGUAAAUAUUUGAUCAUGAAAGAUCCGAAUAAGCCGAUGAUCCGUUUGUACGAUAUUCCCGACAAUACUUUCGAAUCUGACGGCGAGUCUGAGAGCGACGAGGACUCCCCUCAGGAUUCUACAGCUUUUCAGGGAUUAUACCCUUAUAAUACCGCUACGAAGCGUUAAUUAUCCAGUUGUUAUUUUAUGAUGCUAAAUAAAGUGGUAUAUGGAAUUUUAA